UUUCCGCCUUCUUAUCCCGUCGUUUUGGGUUUUUUCUUUUAAUUGUUUGGAAAUAUACAUGGUUAUAAAUCUUGGUGUUCAUGUUGAAGUCGUUGGAAGGUUGAAGACGGUAAAGGAGGAGAAAAGAAACAAAGUUCAGUUCCGCUCGGAGGGGAAAUGACGCUGGUGCAGAAAAUGGCGUGUGCUGAGCCCGCUGUGGUUUGUUAUUUUCUGCCCGUUUACCGCGGAGCUGAGUGACAAACUCUUUAUUUCAGAUGGCCCGUGGGCGAUAAUAUGGCAGUAUCUUCCUGCCGUGGGGUUUCUUCAGUCUGGAAUUGAACCCGCACCUUGAUGUCCGAAGGAGCCAGAGCUGCCUGGUCGAAGAGGGGCUGCGUGGAUCCGCACUGCCGAGAGCCAGGGAAGCAUAAACACAGGAAAUGCGAGCGGUCCUUUAGCGCCCAGUCAUCAAAGCCUGAGAUUGCACGCCUGGGCUCCAAAAGGUGCGUUAUGUCGGGGGCGGAUGUGGAGGUGUACCUUUCACAGGUGCACGAUGGGAGUGUGUCGUCGGGUUUCCGGGCACUGUACGAGGAGCGUCUGCUGCUGGAUGUCACACUGUUGAUAGAGGAGCACCACUUCCAGGCCCACAAGGCCCUGCUGGCCACGCAGAGCGACUACUUCCGGGUGAUGUUCACAGCAGACAUGAGGGAGAGGGACCAGGACAAAAUCCACAUGAAGGGGUUAACAGCUGCAGGGUUUGGUCAUAUUCUCCGGUUUAUGUAUUACGGGUCGUUGGAGCUCAGCAUGCCCACUGUCCAAGAAAUCCUUCAGGCGGCCAUGUAUGUCCAGCUGACAGAGGCGGUGGAAUUUUGCUGUUCCUUCCUGUUGGCCAAGAUCUGUCUAGAAAACUGUGCUGAGGUUAUGCGCCUCCUAGAGGACUUCAGCGUGGGUGUUGAGGGUGUCCAGGAGCAACUCGACAACUUCUUGCUUGACAAUUUUGUCCCACUCAUGAACCGGCCUGACUUCCUGUCCUACCUCAGCCUCGAGAGACUACAGGCGUACCUGAACAGUGACGCCCUGAGUCGCUUUCCAGAAAUUGAGUUGUAUGAAGCUGUGCAGGCAUGGCUAAGGCACGACCGGCGGCGGUGGAGACACACAGACACCAUCAUCCAGUCUAUCCGCUUCUGCCUCAUGACACCUGCUAACAUCUUUGAGAAGGUGAAAACAUCAGAGUUCUACCGUUACUCCAGACAACUGAGGCAAGAGGUUGACCAGGCACUCAGCUACUUUCAUGACGUCAACCAGCAGCCUCUGGUGGAGUCACACUCAAACCGCAUCCGCUCCGUCCGCCCACAGACCGCCGUCUUCAGAGGAAUGAUUGGUCACAGCAUGGUCAACAGCAAGAUCCUGCUGCUGCAGCGCCCUAAGGUGUGGUGGGAACUCGAAGGGCCUCAGGUUCCCUUGCGACCAGAUUGCCUGGCUAUUGUCAAUAACUUUGCCUUCCUGUUGGGCGGAGAAGAGCUGGGGCCUGAUGGCGAGUUCCAUGCCUCCUCCAAGGUCUAUCGCUACGAUCCUCGGCAGAACUCCUGGCUGAGAAUGGCUGACAUGUCUGUGCCCAGGUCAGAGUUUGCUGUGGGAGUUAUUGGCAGGUUUAUAUACGCUGUGGCAGGCCGCACGCGAGAUGAGACUUUCUAUUCUACAGAACGCUACGAUAUAACAGAGGACCGCUGGGAGUUUGUCGAUCCUUAUCCUGUGAACAAGUACGGCCACGAGGGAACAGUCCUUGGCGGUAAACUGUAUAUCACUGGCGGUAUCACAUCCUCCUCUACCUCGAAACAAGUUUGUGUGUUUGAUCCAGGUCGUGAAGGAGGAGGGGGUGGGAGCACAGGAGGGACAGACGCACACAGGACACGCGCCGGCCGUGGCGCGCUGCUGCCCGGCACCCACGCCAGCUGUUGGGAAAACAAGUCCAAAAUGAACUACGCCCGAUGUUUCCACAAAAUGAUCUCUCACAACGGGAAGCUGUAUGUGUUUGGAGGGGUGUGCGUAAUCCUGCGGGCUUCCUUCGAGUCCCAGGGCUGCCCCUCCACUGAGGUGUAUGACCCGGACACAGAUGAGUGGACCAUCCUCGCAUCCAUGCCCAUUGGUCGCAGCGGUCAUGGGGUGGCAGUGUUGGACAGGCAGAUCAUGGUGCUGGGCGGCUUGUGUUACAACGGCCACUACAGUGACUCCAUCCUCACAUUCGACCCAGACGAAAACAAGUGGAAGGAGGAUGAGUAUCCCAGGAUGCCUUGUAAACUGGAUGGGCUGCAGGUUUGCAGUUUGCACUUCCCAGAGUAUGUGCUAGAGCACGUCAGACGCUGCAGCUGAGGUCUGCUCCUACCUAGCCUCCUUUUUAUAGACCCGAGAGCACUUUGUUUGCAGAUGGCAGUCUCCCACUGGGAGAUUUACCUUUUUACAGGAGGUUGGAGACGACUACUGAUGUGCAAGCUUUUAAACUACAGACCAGCACUUGUCUAAGGUGAGGCAAAGAUGGCCCAGUCUGUAGAUUUGCUGUUAGCAUUGGAGGCAAGUCGAGCGUGGUGUGACGUCAUGUUACAGUCAGCUCAGACACUUUCAGAAAUGCAGCAAAAUAUUUGUGAAGCGAAAA